AUGAUUGCUCGCAGUCUCACUUCCUCGCACUACAAGACGACCUCCGGUACAAACACACAUUACCUACAAGGUGGUGAUCCUUCUGGUCCGCUUCUAGUAUGUCUCCAUGGGCUCGGAGGUUCUACCGAAACAUUCUCGCCCCUCGUACCUUCCCUACCCCAAGCCUACAACAUUGUUCUUGUCGACUUUCCUGGUUUCGGGAAGACACCACUAGCAGGUGUCACGAAAGCACUUUCAGUUGAAGGGCUUGUUUCCGACUUGGACGAUCUUAUCACACAUCUGACAAAGUCGGAAACUGUAGCCCCGUCCAAAGCCGUUAUCGCUGGACAUUCGCUCGGCGCCAUUAUUGCUCUGCAGUAUACUGCAAGAUAUCCACAGUCUGUUGCAGGUCUCUUGCUCCUUGGUCCUGGUCGAGCGGCCGGUCACAUCACCGCUGUUCGACAGCGCAUGCUCGAUCUUGCGGCCGCGGUGAGGAAGGAAGGCAUCAAGCAUGCAGCGGAUCUUGCGGCCAAGUCUAACUUCUACGACGAUAGUAGCCACAAAGAUCCGCAAUACCAGAUCAUCACAUGUCCUGCAGUCUUCGUGGCAGGAGAUAAGGAUAUGAUCAGCCCAGUGCAGCGGUCGCAAGAUCUCAGUACAUUAGUUGGAGGAAGAAGCUGGGUGCAUGUUGUGAAAAGUGGUCAUCAGCCGAUAUCGGAGGAUCUCCCGGGGGUUGAGAAAGCGGUGCAGCAACUGAUGGAAGCCAUCAUCGAAUGA